UCAUGAUUAUCAUCGCAGGAACUUCACCGGAAACUGUCCCCACCUCCAUUCCCAACAGGGCAUGUGCUGGACAUGGAAACGAGCGCACCCUUCAGCUAAAAGAAGCCACCCAUAGCUGGAGCACAUAACGGAGAAGAGCAGGGAGGAAAAGACAACAACGCAUUAUCUCCGACUUCACAUCGAAGCAAGAAGACAAACAGCCAGUUCACGGCCAUGAUGGGGAGGUUGCAUGAGGUGGCUGUUGUGUCACUUCUUAUUUUGCUUCUCCUGAACACUGAAUCAACAUGGGCGAAGAAAGGGGGGAGCAGCAGCAGCAGCAGCAGGAAGACCAAUAACAAGGGAACAAAUCCUAAACCCUCUCAGCCAGGAAAUUACCCCCGACAACCACAGAAUCCCAAUCCAUACCCCGCUGGUGGAAGUUACCCUCAUCCAGGUGGAGGCAACACUAAUCCAGGAGGAUAUCCCAGACAAAACCCACCAAAUUAUCCAGGAGUCGGUAGUAACCCAAACCAGUAUCCUGGUAGAGCCAAUCCUGGAGGUUACCCAAACCAGAACCCUGCUGGAGGCUACCCAGCAGCAGGUGGCAAUCCCAACCAGUAUCCAGGCAGAGCUGGCAACCCAGCAUAUCCUCCCCAGAACCCAGCUGCAGGAGGCUACCCAGCCGGGGGAGGGUAUCCCAACCAAAAUCCAGGCAGAGCUGGCAACCCAGCAUAUCCUCCCCAGUACCCGGCUGCCGGUGGAGGGUAUCCCAACCAGUAUCCAGGCAGAGCUGGCAACCCAGCACAUCCUCCCCAGUACCCAGCUGCAGGAGGCUACCCAGCCGGGGGAGGGUAUCCCAACCAAUAUCCAGGCAGAGCUGGCAACCCAGGAGGUUACCCAGCAGGAGGUCACCCAGCAGGAGGUUACCCAGCAGGAGGUUACCCUAUCAGAACGGGGAAUACAGGACAAGGUUGGGGUCAGCCUGGUGCAUAUCCAGGGGGUUACCCCGGUGGAGGUGCUGGUGGUUACCCAAACUGGAACCCAAAUAAUAAGAUCCUCAGUCCGCGUUAUGGUGGAGGAGGCUACGGAUAUGGUGGAGGAGGCUAUGGACAGGGUCACGGGAUGGGAGGGUCUCCUUUCUCCCGCUCUGUGCAGAGUAUGGGUUACCAGCCCAAGUCUUCAGGUUUUGCCAAAAAAGCCAUGAUGGCAGCAGGUGUUGGCGCUGUGGCUGGUAUGGCCGUUGGAUAUGGACUAGGGCGCUUCCCUCGACCUCACUUUAAUUUCCGCAACCCUGAAGAAGAGCAGUACUACAAUAACUACAUGUAUCGACGUUAUGGCACCCAGUCCACAGAUGAAAAAGACUAUGGGCGUGAUUAUGUCUACAAACCUCCGAAACGGGCAAAGUCUUACGACAAGUUCAUGGAAGAGUGUAUGAAUAGCACUAUGCCUAAAAGUCAGGGUGCAGCUGGCGAGGAUGAUGAUGACACCGUCAGCAUUGAGGAGAUUGGGUACCCAGCCCUAAUUGACCAAGUGAAGUCUCGUCGCUGUGUUGAGCAGUACAUGGUCUACUCUGAGCGCUUCCUGGAGGAACGAAAAGCUGAACAACAAGUCCAGCCAAGAAACAGCAGCCCUUUGAACAACAGCGUGAUUCAACUUUUCACCUCCCUCCUCAUGCUGCUGUCCAGCAUGCUCCUUCUCCAGUGAGGAUAAUUACUGUCUUCCAUUUACCCGACCCCAAAUGGAUUUCUAUGUCCUUCCAUUAUGCCUGCAUGCCUACAUACUGGUAAUGCAUAUUGUCUACAUAGCAAGCACUGGGUCAUAUUCAGCCAAUCUCUAUUACUGCAGCA